AUGAAGGGGAAGCAAUGCGAGUGCCUUUGGUGCGAGAAAAAUUCUGCCUUUAGUAGUAGCCGGUGCACCGCGCAUCUCGCCAAAUGGAACGACACGAACGUUCGCCGCGAUGCCGGGAUCGUUUGCGCGAAGGUUCCUAAGCGCGUUUCCAACAAAAUUCGCAACGAGAAGGAGUCGAAGAUUACGGCGCGCAAGGAUAAGGAGAGGGCGAUGGAUGCGGCGCUCAAUGCAGUCCAAGGUGGAGCGGGACCGAAGGCAAAGAAGGGGCGGAUGGAGGAUUGGUACGACGAGGGGGGGAUUACGGCGAAGCGUGCGGCGGACGAUGCGAAUUGCCUCUGCAUUGCGGGGACGCGCACGGCGGAGUCUAUGUGCGAGCACCCCCUCUUCCUCAACAUGCUCCGCGCCGUCAACGCCGCCGGACACGGCUACGUCCCCCCCAGGCGUGGCGUCUUUGGAGGCGCGGGGCUACUGGUGUGCAAGCAGCAGAUUGAGAAGGGGUUGGUGCCCAUUACGAGGACUUGGAAGGAGAUUGGCGUGACGAUCGCUAGCGACAUGAUGAGAGACAAGAGCGGGUGCGUGCAGAUGAACAUCAUCUGCAUCAACGCCGAAGGCGCGGUUUUCCAGGAGGCGGUCGACUGCAAGGCGGAGACAAAGACUGGAGCUUUUAUCGUGAGCGUCCUGCAGCCGAUCAUCGAGAAGGUUGGACCAGAGCACGUCGUCGCGAUUUGCACGGACGGUGGCAGCAACUACGUGUCCGCCGGCAAGCAGCUGCAGAAGAAGUACCCGCACAUCGAGAUCGUCCCCUGCGCCACUCAUGUGCUCGACCUGCUGUUGGAGGACUUCGGCAGCAUGGAUUGGGCGCAGGAGGUCGUGCCAGUUGCGACCGACAUGAUCUCAUUCGUGCGCAGCCACACGUGGACGCGUGCCUUCCUGCGGUGUCCGGAGCUGCACGGCGAGAAGAAGUCGCUGCAGCCGCUGCGACCGGCGGGCACGCGCUUUGGGACGCAGUACAUUGCGGUUUCACGUCUGCGUGAGAUUCGCCCGCAGCUGACUAUGAUGGUGACGCAUAAGGACUGGGAGGAGAAGGGGAGGAAGCAGCUGACUGGCAAAACCUUUGAGGCGACGGUAUUGGAUGUGGAGUGGUGGAAGAAGGUGGAUACCUUCGUCAAGGUGAUGGAGCUGCCGUACAAGGUGAUGAGGAAGACGGAUGGGCCGGCGAAGGGGAUGAUGGGGGCAAUGCGGCGUUGGGACGAGAGUUUGGCCUGCCCUCUUCACGUGGUAGGCCGGAUUCUGAACCCGGUCAACCAAGAGGAGGGGAUUUACCUCAAAGACAAGGAGUGCAGCAGGGUGAUGAAGGGCUGGCUGCAACGCUCGAGGGCUUUGGUCGACAAGUACUGGAAGAAGGACGGCGAGACGAACGGAACAAUGAAGGCGCUGCAGGAGGGGAUGCUGGCGUACAUUGAGUGCAAGGGGUCCUUUGGGUCCAAGGAGGCGAUAGAGGGGCGUGAGGAGCUGAAGGCAGGGAAGGGGGACAUGGUGACGGGGAGGAAGGUCAAUGGCUGGGAGUAUAGGGAGCUGGCAGGCCUUGCGUGCCGUGCGGUGGCACAGGCCGUUUCCGCUUCUCCGUGCGAGCGAGGAUGGGCAGUGUGGGAUGGGGUGCACAUGGCGCGUAGGAACAGGCUGGGGUCGGAGAAGGUGCGCGACCUGGUGUUCGUGGCGCACAACUGGACGGUUGUGCACGGCCACCACCAGGGUGCAGCUGGUGGUGCAGGACCAAGUGGGGAAGUCAGGAAGGUGGGGGUAGUGGAGGGAAACAUCCCCACCCCUCCCCUCCCCAAGGGAUACAAGUUGGAGGAGGAUGGGGAGAGGGAGGUGGACGAGGACGACCCGUGCGUCGACGAGUACAAGGAGCAGGAAGCGAUGGACAAAGAGGAGGAGGAGAGCGCGGAGGAGGAUGAUGGGGAUGCGUGA